GUCAAAGCGGACGCUCACAUACCGAUCCGCCUUGUGCACGUCAACUAGAUCCUAUCGCUCCAUGUCACCGAACAAAGUCGACCAAAACACUAUCAAGGAGUGGCACUUCCACACGUGCUUCUACCACACCAACGAGUGCUCCAGGAAGGAGGCGCAAGCGCUACGAGAUGCGCUUGUGGACCAAGUGACGGCUAACCCCAAGAACUUCAUCGCUGUGUGCAAUGGCAUGACGACCAAGGAGCUCCCAGGUCUGGAGGGCAAGCCACCUCCGAUGAACCUCGAACCUGUGGGUCCGCACGUCAGUGGCAGCUUCGAGACGUGGGUACCUGCUGAGUCCUUCGCCCAGGUGUUGUCGUGGUUCACGCUACACCGGGGGUCGCUCAGCGUUCUGGUGCACCCGCUAACGCGCUACGAGCGAGAAGACCACACGACUCAUGCCAUGUGGCUCGGAACGCCAUGGGUAAUCGAUUUGGAUGCUCUUCGCGUGGACUUGGUCACGCCCCCGCUUCAAUACCCAGAGCUUGGAUACGGAUACAGCGCCAGUACGAACGAACAUUGAGAAGAUACUGGAGAAUCACGUCGAGUGCUAUUUGAAGCGUUAGGAAAAGUAGUCGUCCUCACUAUGAAGAAUGGAAUUGACGUGAGAUCCGUUUGGUCGAGCAGAGCGUCAAAUAUCCUUACUGAAGGAGGUGACGCAGCACAGUUCGCACGUUUAGCUUCUUCAGGUGCGUGUACUUCUGGCCCGUGCCGACGAACAUGAUCGGCUGGCCAGUCUUGUAAACCAUCGACACCGCAGCACCAACUGUUAAAAAAUGAAGAAAAGUGAGCCAUACACAAUGACAAGCUGUCAAAAGUAACGACAACGUACCCUUGUCAUCAAUCGUGUCAAACUU